CAUUUUCGCUAAACCUGCCAAAAAAACCCAUCCUCCAAAUCCACACAACAACCUCAGAAAACCACACACGAGAAAAAGAGAGAAAAAAAAGAAAGAGAGAAAAAGAAACAGCAAUGGAGAGCAAGAAGAGAUCACCAUUGCUGCCACUAGUAGUACUACUCCUGCUGUCACUGUUCACUUUCAUGGCAACAGAGGCCAACGCCCAGGUGUUCUGCAGGUCCCAGUUCAACCUGGCCAACGAGGCCUGCAGCCUCCGGACGUUCGCGGGCGUCAACCCGGCGGUGCCACUGCGGCAGCUCAACGAGUCGGCGAUGGCGGCGGGGGCGGCCGGCGGUGGCUACGAGGUGCAGGCAGAGCACCGGCCCCGCGGCGGCGACGGGGGGCACGAGACCGACUACGAGCACGAGCACGAGCACGGGCAUGGCGGCGGGCGCGUGCGCAGCCACCGCGCCGACCCCUACGACACGGCGUGCUGCCGGCGGCUGAUGGGCAUCGACAACGCCUGCAUCUGCCAGGCCAUGUCCUACCUCCCGGUCUUCAUGAGCAGGGUCAAGCACGCCAUCAAGCUCACCCCAGUGCCCGGCUGCGACGUCGCCUUCGAGUGCGCCGCUGCCUACUGAUCGCCGCCGCCGUCGCCGGAGCCGGCGGCCGUCUCGUUUUCUUCCAGCGUUUUGCAUCCCCAGCUGAGGCACUGCCUGCCUUAACUUCAGAAAAAAGUAGUACCAUCUAUCUAAUCUAGAGAAAACAUAUUUUAUGCCUGCCUGUCCAUUCUGAACUUUCAGAAAUUGCAUCAUCACCAUUAGACUGCAUGUUUAUUAUAGUAUAUCUAUCUGCUAGUAUUUGUAUUAGCAGUAAUGUGGGCGUGAUAUACAAGUGUAAUUUGGAACUAAUGCCAUACACUGAGAAGCAAUGUUGGGUUUCAGCAAAGUCAAAAUCAUGUAGGUAAUUGAUAGAAUCAAUGAAUCAAGUAUGGUGUCUGUAACCAUGGAAAGUAUCUGACUCGGUCCUUCAGGGGGAAAAAUGUUACAUAUUUAACAAAGGAAAAAUAAUAAAAAUGAUAGUUUUAGUUCAAC